UUACUUUAUCAUGUCGUACUGUAAAGUUAGAUAUUAGAUAGUUCAUAUUUCAAUAUUUCAUACUCUUGUAUUUCUUGUAAUGUAAGCUAUACUAGCAGGCUGUAGUCUGUACUUCUAUAGUUCAUAGAGUAUAAAAACUACUAUAGUAAAAGCACUAUAAGGUCUAUGUGUACUAUUUAAUAAUUAAAUAUAAAUUUAAAAUCCUCAGUGGCCUUGAUCAGUCUAUGUAUUUCUCUCAUUGAAUAGUUGUCGUGUGGAGACAAAUACUUAGACCACUUUAGUGUAUAGCUGUCUCAGUUCACACAUCAAUGGAAGUCCUCGAAGAAAAUCGUAAAGUCUUGUUACGCACUAAUGACCGUUUGACUAGUAUAAAAUCUAUUGCAGUAGAAACUGAAGAAAUUGGUUCUGCAAUUGUUCAAGAAUUAGGAGAACAAAGACAGACACUCAGUGGUACACGCAAUCGAUUAGAAGACAUUGACAGUUCCAGGCAAACUUCUCACCGUUAUGUCUCUGCUAUAAACAGACAUGUUCUCCAAGAUAAACUUAUGCUCAUACUCAUUAUUAUAAUUGAAGCUUGCUCUUUAGUUGGACUUGUCUACAUAAAAUUUAUAAAAAAAUAAUUUUAUCUAAACAAUGUAUAAUAUUUUAUACCUUAAUCUACUACAAAAUCAUACAAUUUUAAAUAUAUUAUUUUUAUAUUGUUA